AUGUCUGAAAAAUACCAACAAGAAAAUCCAAAUGCACACUAUCUAGCCAAUCUAAAUAACCUCAAUUUGACCAAUAACCUGACUCAACUUGGUCGGUUGCCUACACUUGGCGAAAUUCUCUCCAACAAGACCAAGUCUCCAAUCAACUUGUACACGUUUUAUCUUUACAUGAAACAUGUGGAAGAUUCUCAAGACUACUUAGAUUUCUGGUUUGAUCUCAUCAAUCACCUUAACUUGUGCAAACACUACGUGAGAGGUCUUCGGGACUCAAUUAUUCGGCAUUCUGGAAAUGGUCAACACAGAUCUUCGCUUGCAAGCAACAACCCAUUUCACUCAAAUUCACCGGAUAUCAAUAGAGACUCGUACCCGCUUUCAGAAAAAAGCAAACAUAAGUCGCUUUCUCUGUCGAUGCUUUUAGACAUGAUCAUCAAUGAUCAAAUCUUAGAAGAUAAUGAUUCGAAUCGGUUGUCGGAGUUUUUAAGAGGUGAUAUCAACUUGAAUACGGUAGAUCCGAAAUUGAAGGAGUUGAUCAACUCAUAUGAUGCCGAUGAACCUGUUCCGCAGCCUUCUCCUAUCGUUGACAAUUCGUUUCCUGUUUUUGGCGAGAAGAGAAUUUCAUCAAACUCAAAACUUUUGGAUGAUUCUCCAGAUUCAGCUGGAAACAAAGGAAGCGGACUGAGCCACAAACGUCACUCAUCUCUAAAUCCAUCAUUUGUUGAGAGACUCUUGCAGGAUACCACUGCUGGAUCCAUGAACCUGUUUAUUUCCCGUCAGAAUCUCAGAGAGUCUUCCCACAAUUUAUUGUUAAAAUACUUUGUGGAAGACUCUGAAAAAAACCUCAACUUGCCUGAAAAGCUCAACCGAUUCAUUAUUAACUCGAUUGAGGUUGACGGAAGAGAUGAUCCUGAUGUCUUCAAUGGUGUUAAGAAGUUUAUUUUUAAUCGUCUUGAGAAUGAGCAUUUACCGAACUUCUUAAACUUCGUUGCCAUCAAGAAUGUAAACCACACGAUCAACAUCCGUGUAAUUGUUGGUUUUUUCUUUGCCUUUAUCUCUUUCUGGAUUGCUUUUAGCUUGAUUUUCUUGAAAGAGCCAAAACGUUAUCGGGCAGUUAUUGUUUUCACGUUUUUCGUUGCAUUUUACAAUUUGGUAUCUGCUGCUUACAGAAUAGACCCAUUUUUAGCACUCUGUCGCAGAAGCGAGUCAUUUAUUCCGGGGAUGACGUUCAUUAAACUCGAGGAUUCUUUCAUUCACAGGCUUUUGUUAAAGCGCUCCACAUUUGUCGUUAUUCUCAUUUUAUUGGCCACAGCUAUAUUCAGUGUGAUCUUUUGUCUUGUUCCAGGACACAGACUUUAA